AUGGCGAGCAGUUUCGAUACGGACGAAAUCAAAGAAUUUCAUUUUCACACUUAUUUCCUCCAUACCAACAAGGACAGCACAAGCGAAGCGGAAGUCUUCCACAGCAAAGUGAGAGCAGCCAUUGAAUCGGGUGUAUUCGUUGCACGAUGCGGCACGAUUAAUUAUGGACCACGCGGACCACAUAUGAUCGGCAAUUUCUAUUGCUGGGUACCGGUAGAAUCCUUCCAGAAGGCGUAUAAUUUUUACUUAUUAAAUCGUGGCAACUUGAUUGUACUGGUACAUCCACUGACAAAACUGGAAGUCAAGGAUCACACAGAACGCGCGGUAUGGAUGGGAAGUACGCCGCUGCCGUUGGAUAUGGUCUGGUUAAAAGCUGAACUGAUGGAAACGCCAUUCGAAUAUCCGGAGCUGCAGCUAGGAUACUCUAGCGUGCCGAAACAAUAA